AUGCAGGGGAUGGGGACGCUGCGGCUGGGGAGCCGCGCCGUCAUGUACACGGCCGAGACCCUCCCCAAGGGCAAGAACCGAGUGAUGGGGACCAUCCAGAUCAUGACCGGCUUCAUGCACAUCGGCUUCGGGAUCGUCCUGACCACGCUCACCAACGUCUACACCUCGGUCUUCGUCAUCGGCGAGAUCCCCUUCCUGGGCGGCGUGUCUUUCAUCAUCUCGGGCUGCCUCUCCAUCGGGGCAGAGAAGAGCCCCACGGAAUGCGCGGUGAAAGGCAGCCAGACCAUGAACGUCAUCAGCGCCAUCUUCGCGCUGCUGGGCAUCGUCGCCUUCAUCGUUGACCUCAACCUGAACGGGCUGUACCGCUCUGGCUUCGACUACUACAGCUAUCUCGUCCUGCUCGCAGGGAACGGCAUCUCCAUCGUGCUGCUCAUCUUCACCAUCCUGGAGUUCUGCAUUGCUGUCGCCACUGCCAAUUUCUGGUGCCGGGCAACCCGCCUGAGCUCCAAUGAGGCCAUGCUGAUUGUGCCCAGCGCCACACGGGCAGACUUGGCCGUGCCACCGGCAGAGCUGCCACAGCCACCCAGCUACACCGAGCUGGUCGCCCCUGAAGUGUAG